CUCACAGUGUUAGGUUCCGUGUAACCAGUUUUCCACGCCUCCUUCAUUUCCACAGAGCCCUGCUACCCUUCCCACGCACCACGAAUCCUCCAGAAGCAUUCUGGUGUAAUAGUGAGAAGAUGUUGAAAAUCCCUACAGCAGCGUGUGGAAUAAAAAUCGCUGGCGGGCUCGGUUUCUCACCUCGCGCUUGUGUGUCCGUCUCAAAUCACCGUGCAACUCUGAUUCCUUAAUCCAGUGGCUUUUGUGCUCUAAAUCCGUGGAGGUAUCGAUCACUCUACCGUCGAGAUGUAACUCAGAAGCUGCAUGGCCCGAUCUACUCCCUGCAGCUGCAUGAGCAUAGCAUCCUUUCACCGGGAGCCCGCCUUCCCGUGUAUCUUACGGAAACGCAUGCAAACCCUUUGCACUGUACGGAACGGUUCUGCCAUAAGUUUCAUUUCACGCGCUUGCAAGGUGCAAAUGCGUGAAACUCGGAGCCUCUCUACAGCUGGUGCAUGUGUUGUCUUGAGAGUGUGCAGUUGCCUGUCGCAGGUGCUGUUCCGAGAGGUACACGAAAGCCUGCUUGCUGUUCUUCAGUGUCGGCAACCCCUCAACCCAGCCGUGAAAGUGGAUGUUCCGUCGAAUCCAAGAAAAUCAAGACGAAGAAGGCGAACAGCGGCAUACGAGCUGGCGGUUUCCUCCCAUCGCAGUCCCGCGGCAUGCAAUCGCGCUGCUGCUGGUUUCCGCGAAUACACCGAGAAUGAAACACACAGAGCCUUUUACCAGAGCAUUAUCGCUUUUUUUCUUCUUGAUCCCCAGUUUGAAUUCUCUCUCCUCCAGUCGUUUCACUUCGAUUUCUACAAGGUGUCUGCGACGCUUGUUGACGACAAACUCCCGACACAGGGGUACUUUUGAGGGCAGGCCCCGCACUUGGCCUGCAGGUGACAGCGGUGGAGCCGUAAACGCCAUCCGAUUUUUAGAGUCUUCACCUUUCGAAGACUCCUGUCUUUUCUACCGAUUCUUUCGCCACGCUGUCGGUCCUUCCACUCUUCUGCGCUCGACUUUCCUCUCGGUUCGUGGAAAAAAGCCUGCCGGCGCGCCGCCGCCAAACAAAAGCCUGCUCUUCCAGUCUCUCCACCUCUGCUGUGUAAAAGCGUCAUUUUACACCCGUGUGAGAAGGCUAAACCCAAACCUAUUUCCCCUGCUCUCUAGAGACUCCGGCGCCGCAGCACUAUGUCUCUAACGGCGACGACACAGGAGGUGGAAACAGAGUGAAGGUCCAGCGAGAGAGCAGCCGCCCAUGCGCAUGCGUCGCACGACUGAUGUCGCAUUCAAUACAGUCCAAGUUGCUUGUUCUGGAACGUUUGAGAGAAACCGUUCUCCCAGAGUUCCUCUGCACUCGUGGCUACACGAGGAAGUAUGUCCCGGCGACGCGGAGAGGAAAGUUGCAGGGAGAAGGCUGCUCUCCGUCUGUGAGUCGACAAAGACGCGCAAGGAAGUCGCUCCCUCUACAGACGAGGCCGAAAUAAGGCUGUGUGUACCCUGUGUUGUCCGGAUCAAGUCACCUCGUCUUCCCUCUCUCUCUCUCUGGUCGCGUUCUGUCCUUCUGUCUCGCGUUCCACUUUUCACUUUGUCUCUCAGGAACGAGAUCCGCAUGACGCUUGUACUCGUCCACCACCCGUCGAGGUGUGUAGCAUUCCUGUGCUUCUAAGCGUCACGGCAGUGCCUGUAUUGUCGACUUGUCCUGCUCUGAAAAGGGAGAAGGAGAGAGUCGAAGGACGCCUCUCGCCUCUCUGUCCAGACAGCGCAGGGCGUCUUCCUGCUCUCGUCUUCUCCAGAUUCAAAGAAGAGCGGAGGAGCCUCCCUCUUCUCUUCAGGCCGCUUCGUUCUCUCCCCAGCGUAUCUCUGCAACCCAGCACUGUCUGCAAACUGGCUGCUGCAUAUCAUGAGAAGCAUAGGGAGAAGCCUCGGGGGUUGUCUCCCGAUUUUCUCCUCGAGCGAAGAAAAAUGAAGGCGACGCAGAGCCCUGCCGCCUGUCUGUAUAGACAGCUGCAUCAGGUGAAGGUUCUUCGAGCGCCUGUGCACGCAGUGACGCGCGACGUCUUCCUUUUUCUGCGCAUGGCAGGACGCGAAGACACACUUGAGAAAAGACAGCAACUCCUGGACGUUUGCAUGCACCGCUUCCCUCUAGACGCGCGGCCGUUUCGUCCCCCCGGCGGCCUUUUUGCCUCCUCACGACGCAAGCUCUUUCUUCGUUUGUCUUCUCGUUUGCUCGUCGUCUGCUUGCUCGCGUGCGUUCUUCUCUCUGUGGUGCUGCGGACUUCAGCCGCGCGAACAUGUAUGCGGAGCCGGUGUCGCUUGUCUCCGCUUUUUCGACUCGACGGCAGCCGUGACUUCUUUCCUUCUCUCUCCCUCGACGAAGAACCUCGGAGCCUCCAGUGGCCUGGACUCCCGCCGCCUGCGCACUCGAAGACUCGAGCCACCCUGCCUCCGGGGAAGAGUUUUUCAAGGACGAACGAGGUCGCCUUGUUCACUCUUCACAACGCGUCUCGCCAGACUCUUCUUCGAGAGACGCUUCCUCUCGUCGUUGCCCCAGAGAGGCGCCAGCGGAGCCUCGUGGGGCCUGGAGGUUCUGCGGGUCGGAGUGCGCCCGUUUCCUUUCUAGGCUGUUUCUCUCGGCGGCAAGUCUCUCCUUCUCUCGCUUCUUCCUGUGAGAGAAGGAAGCCUCUAGAAGGAGCGCGUUCACUGACAACCGUAGACGCUGGACAACCGCGGCUGGUCUCCCAGUCGGUCUCAUCUAUCCCUCGCUCUGCUUCUUUGUCUCCAGCUGUGCGACCCACCUCCGGAGGACUCCCAUGCGUACUGAGAACUCCCCGGACACAGGCAGGCUCUUCGUCGUUUCUUCCGCCGGCGCGCCUUGUCUCUGCUUCUCUCCGACUUCCGCUGUCCUGCAGCGGUCCCCGGUCGCCCUCACGCAAGCUGGAGGCCGUGGAGAACAACCGAACUCCAGAAGAGACAGAAGCUCGGCCCUGCGACGAACGAAAGAGCCUGAAAGAGACACGAGAAAACCAUCAACAAGGUGAAGGCGGUGAGGACGGCGACGACUCAGAGAGACUCAGACUCUCGGGAGAGUACGUCUUCUCGCUUCUCUGCAUCUUUGGCCGACUCGCAGAACAUGCAGGUCUCCAUAGCUGGGGCUUCGCGGCGAACCCACGACUCGAGUAUCGCCAUCUGCAUCCUUCGCACUCUCUCUCUCUCCUCUCUUCUGCUCCUCAAGCAAACCACAGUUCCACUGCUUCUUCGUCUUCCUCCUCUUCUUCCUCUUCUUCCUGUUCCUCUGCUGCUCCUUCGGACGCGUUUGUGUCUUACCUCGACAGGCUCUGUCGCCUUGGGCGAGAAGGCCCAGGAAGCCACCACCGUCGACUCGCAGCGGAGGCGGCUCUGUUUUUGCGCGACUUCUCGCUUGAGAGGAGAGACGCAACGGACGGCGCGGAAAAAAAGGAACCACGAGGAAGCGUAGACGAAAGAGACAGGGAAGAAGAGGGAAAAGGAGACAGAGACGAAGGAGGAGAGAGAGAUGUCGAUGAACGGGGUGAAGGCCAGACUGUCAUCGGUGGAAGGCAGGACCGAGAGGAUGAAAGAGGCACUGGGGGCGAAAGGCGAGAGGAGAGGAUCCGUCGUGGCGGGAGAGACGAAGAAAGGAGAGACUGGCAAGACGAAGGGGGUGCUGAGAAGGGUCACUAUUACGUCAGAGGUCCGUGGUACAGACUUCUCAAGAUGAAGCUUCUCCUCGUUGGCUUUUUGAGAUAUCGUCUCAGGUUCGGACCGGCACUGGCGCCCUUUGCGGCUGCGGGUCUCUUGCGACCGCGCCGCGGAGGCCAGGGGACAAGAGGGCGCAGGGCCGAAGAAGACUGGCCUUCUUCUGUUUCCAGCUCGUUUCUUCAUCCGCCACUCUCACUCCCUUCUUCCUCACUCUCUUCUUUUACUCUGCCAUCGUCUUCGUCGCCGUCUUCUUCGUCCCUCUCGUCUCGGUCUGCGGGGUCGCGGGUGCGUAGCGGCGUAGCGCCUGGCGGCUCCACUGGAGAGGAGGCGAGACAGAGGCGGUCGGAGACGGAAGCUGAGAGCGACCGGCCGGAUGAGAUCUUCGAUUGGGCGUUGCCGCGGGGGAUUCCCCAAAGGGUCAAAGACGCGCUUUUCAGAGAAGAGGCGCUGAGAACCAGUCUUCCGUGGGAAUGGAUUCACCCGCAAAUUGUGCGUACAGCUGGGGAAAUCGUUUGCCUAGGCACAGAGCGACUCCGGGGCUCCGAGGCUCUUCUGCUCCUCCUUGCAAAGACAUGUGAGCCAUGUGGAGCAGCAGAACUCUCGCAACGCAGAGAGCAGAAAGAAUCCCUCGAGAACGUCUGCCCUUCCUCGUCGAGCCUGUCGCUCGCAUCGCCGUUGCCUCUCUCUGCUUCUCAAGUGUCGACAGUGGCCCGUGAGGCUCCGGCAGGUCCAUCUUCGUCGUCCAUCUCAGCGUUCUUCGCGACCUCGCGUUCGGCGCUCGGGAGGCAUGCGUCGGCUGCGGCUCCGCUCUUACUCGAGCCUCUGCCUCUGCCCCUGCCCCAGGGGAAGAAGGACCGGGAGAGACAAAAGGAAGAGCUGCAGCUUCUGCAGCGCUUGCAGCAGCUGCGGCUGUCGGUGCGCGACUUUUCUGUCUUGCUGCCACACCUGCCUUUCCAGUUUCCCUUCGAAGUCUUCGAGGAGAAAGCCUCGGAAGAGGAGAUGAAGAACUUUUGCUUCAACCUCCUUCGCAAGCGCCUUCUCCGUGCUGAGCUUCACCUGCGCGCAGCGGAUAGCGCAGAGGCGGAGGGCGCAGGUCACGGAGCAGACAGAACUCUGGCGGCCCGCGGACACAGAGGGAACGCUGCCGAAGGAGACGCGGCCUCGCUCGAGAGUAAGACGGAGGCGCUUCCCCUUCUUCAGCGCCCUCGGCAACCUGGAGGAGAAGACCAGCAGGCCUCGCUGACGCGAGACUCACGGGGCGCUUCCCAGGAAGCGGAGAGAAGACGAGAAGACGCUGAAGAGGCUCGGAGAGAGGAACCAAUGAGAAAAGAGACACAGGGGCAAGCGGGAGCGUCGGCGAGGGAAGACACACUCCUGGCUGACAGGCAGAACGUACAACGCCGUCGCUCUCUUCUAGGGCCUCUUCCUCUCUUCAACCUCUUCGUCCAGUUACUUCGAUAUUCAACUUCUUCGGAUCUCUCCCCUGGGUCCAGUCUUUCUUCAUCAUCUUCGUCGGGGUCUUCUUCGCCGUCGCCGUCGUCUUCUCCCCCAUCUUCGUCGCCUUCAUCUUCGUCUCUCUCUUCUUCACCAGGUGUGGUGCCCGCCGACGGUCGGGCGUCAGCGGGAGCGUCUGUUGACUCUUUUUCAAGGCGUUGUUACGCGCGUGUAGCGGACUUUUUGAUUGAACAGGAACUGCAGCGAAAAGCGAACUGGCAGGACGCCUGGGUCGCUCUCCUGAACGCCGCCGUGCAGAGAUUUUCGCUUUCUUCGCGCGCCUCGCGUCUCGCAGUCCAGGACGUUUUUCAGUGGUUGCGAGGGCCACAGCGCGGCUGCCAGAAGCCUCUGGAUUCGCUGUUUCUCUCCGAAGACGAAGGAAUUCUGCCGCCCCCGCCUCCAGGCUCUCACACGAGUCUCUGCGCGUACCUCUUCGGCAAAGGCCUCGCCGGUCUCCCUCCUCAGAGGCAAACCAGGGAAACAGCGGCUCCUUCCUCACUCGACGAGGCUAGCAGAGACAAUGCAGAGAGCGAACUCGAGACAGCUGGAGAGAAAAGUGGAGAGAGUAAAUGUAUAGGUUUGGAGAGAGGCGAAUUACAUGGACCGGCGAACGUGGAAGGAAGAGAAUCCUCGAAAGGAGAAGACUGGAUUACCUUCGACUCUGUCCAAGCGAUGAUUUUCGACGCCGUCCAGGGCGAGGAAGAGCAGUCUUUGUUGUGGCCGGAGUUCCUCAGGAGCGUGAGGCGGACGCAGAAACGAAUCGCCGAAGCAGAGCAGAAAAGGAACGACUAGGGGAAGAAGACCGAAAGAUUUAUCGACCGGCGUCUCUUCCCUUGGAGUCUAUACGUCGACGCAGUCGUUUCUUCGCGUUCCGAGCUUCCAUGCAAUUUUUACUUUGGCAGAGAGAGAAAAGCAACUCAAAAACGAGAGCAGAGUGGCAAACACGAGCGAAGCUGUUUCAGAGAGACCAUGCACUGACGAUGGAACUUCCCCAGUUCUUCUGCAUCUUUUUUUGUAUCGUUGAGCAAAUGUUCGUACACCUCAAAGAAGACCAGCCUUCUCGUGCUCGCCAGAAAACAAAGUGCACACUGCCUCUGAAACUCGGCGACGCAUAGAAAGGCCAGGAGAGCACAGUUUCACGUUGUGCUUCAGCGCAGCUUCCAGGACCUUUCCUAGGUGCAUUGUCCGGC